AUGUCGUCUAUGCGAAAUGCCGUGGCGCGGCGCCCUCAUAGAGAGCGUGCGCAGCCUUUAGAACGUCGAAGACUCGGUCUUCUCGAGAAGCACAAGGAUUACUCGCUUCGAGCCAAGGACUUCAACAAGAAGAAGGCGCAGCUCAAGAACCUCAAAGAGAAGGCGGCCGAGCGGAACGAGGAUGAGUUUUACUUUGGUAUGAUGUCCCGAAAGGGACCGGGCUCCAGGAUCCAGGAUGGCAAGCGAUGGAGUGGAACGGUUGAGGGCGAUCGAGGAAACAAGGCGAUGGACGUCGAGACUGUGCGGCUUUUGAAGACGCAGGAUAUCGGAUACAUUCGAACGAUGCGACAGGUUGUUGCGAAGGAAGUAGCAAGAUUGGAAGAGCAGGUAGUUCUCACACGAGGUUUUGACAAGCUUGACGAGGAUGAGGACGAUGCGGACGAGGGCAGCGACUCCGAAUUCGACUUUGCGACCGCUCCUUCAAGACCCAAGGCACCCCGGAAGAUUGUAUUCAUGGACGACGAAGAACAGCGCGAGGAAACAAUACUGGAUCUCGAGGACGAAGAGGACGCCGACAAGACAUUUGAAGGAUUUGACGACGAUAAGAAGAAAGAAGAAGAUUUCGAGCGCGCAAAGGCCCUCCGCCGCCUUCGUCGCCAAUUGGAGAAUGCACGAAAGAAGCUCAAGGCGCUCACAGACGCAGAGGGUGAAUUGGAGAUCCAGCGCGCAAAGAUGGCAAAGACAGCGACGUCGGGAGGAACUACACGCAAAGGAAAGAAGAUCAUGGUGCGGACACGGAAGCGAUAA